AGUGUGGUGGGUGUGAGAGGAGUGCCAUGCAGAGCGCCGUGUUCCUGGCGCUGCAGCACGACGGCGGGCGGAUGGAACGAGGCGGCCGCCGCCGCGGCAACGAGGGGGAGGAGGCGGAGAAGGGCAGGAUGAAGAGGACGAUCAUUAAAGAUUGGAAAACAAGACUGAGCUACUUCCUGCAGAACUCUUCCAGUUCUACUAAGAUGAAAUCUAAGAAAGUGGGGAAACACCGCACCUACUUCAGACCUUCCCCUGAAGAGGCCCAGCUGUGGUCAGAAGCCUUUGAUGAACUUCUUGCUAAUAAAUAUGGUCUUGCUGCUUUCCGAGCUUUUCUGAAGUCUGAGUUCUGUGAAGAGAACAUCGAGUUCUGGUUGGCCUGUGAGGAUUUCAAGAAAACCAAGUCACCCCAGAAGCUGACGUCGAAAGCAAAAAAAAUCUACAAUGACUUCAUUGAAAAAGAAGCUCCUAAAGAGAUAAACAUAGACUUCCAAACCAAGAACAUGAUUGCACAGAAUAUUCAAGAAGCCACACGUACCUGCUUCAGUGCAGCACAAAAGAGAGUUUACAGCUUAAUGGAGAAUAACUCAUACCCACGGUUUUUGGAAUCUGAAUUCUAUCAGGAGCUGUGCAAGAAGAUGCCCAUCGCCAGAGCAGCCCAGGAGACAUGAGCAAUAGAGAAGAGUGAGAAGAAGCCUCUCAGCUAGUUAGGGAGCGAGCCAUGGCUCAUGGCAGUAUCCUGACCUGAAAGACUGAGAUACCAAGUGCUCAGUCUGUUUGCCAUGGUGCAAGGACAAAUACUGACUUUGGUGCAAAGCUGAUGGCAAAGAGUGAUGGUGUUGGAAGGCAUUCAGAGGUGAUGGCAGAAGUGUGCCAGCCAGAUGCUGGUGCUGUGCUUCUCUGAGUGCUGUGGUGAAUGGUGACUCCAUGCAUUAGACCAAACCAUGCAGUAUAAGAGUCCUGUCACAGCUGAGGCGGCAAUGCAGCAGGUCAGAACAGAGCUUCCUUCUUGUAAACAGAAGCUGCUCUGUACAGUUGCACAGUGCUGGGAACUUGAGUAAUUGGUUGCCUAUUUAUUUUUCCUAAACAUCAACCAGUGUUGCUGUCAUCAGUCACUCAGUGUGUUCGCACUGCUUCUGUAAACUGCCUCUAGCUGCAAAGAGAUGUGUUGGGUUUCUCUGUGACUUCCAGACAGUAACAGCACUGUGCAGCAUGAAGUGAGGAUGGGAUAUAACUCUGUUCCCAGAGGAACAGGUUCUGCAACUAAAGCAUGCAGGGCUGGGUUGUGUUAGUGGGGCCGCAUGAAGCCAGACUGAGGGCAAAACUUGUCCAAGGUGAACAGGAGCUGUAUAGUAUUAUAUUUAUAUGUGCAUUAUGAUUGUGUUGAAAGCUGCAAUAAUGUCAUAAUUCUGUCUUCAGGACAGCAAGCUUCAAUGAAGUCUCUUACUGUUUUUAAUAAACUAUUUUGAUACAAA